UAUUCCAGACAGCCUCGCCUCUGACCUGUCUCCUACCGAUCUGCGCCCCCCUGAUCGUUGACACCGCCUGAAUCCAGCAUCCUUUGCCUCUCUCCAUCACUGUAUACGCUCUCCACGUAACCCGUUGGCCACACCUCCCGAGUCACCACCACAAGCGCAACCAUGAUGCCCGACGAAGAACCCUCACUCAACAUCCCCUCGCUACUCACCCUUGCGGUCGUCUCGUUCUUCGUCAUCCGGUGGUUCCUUAACCGGGAUGAGCCGGGCGCUGGAGGGAGUCGCUCUCGCGGGAACGGGGUCGAUCCGGCUCAGGUGGCGCAAAUCUCGCAGAUGUUCCCCCAGCUAGGGAUUCGCGACAUCGCGUGGGAUUUGCAGCGCAAUGGUGGGAAUGUUGCCGCUACCACGGAGAGGAUCUUGAUCGGUCGGGGUUUGGAAGUGCCCCCUCCCUCCUUCCAACCCCAGAUCAACCUCCCCACCGGAACGACCGCUCCACCGCCCCCCACCAGCGCGACAGCCCCGAAGCCAAACGCCCAGGACUUGAUCUCCCGAUACAACCUUUCCUCAAAGGUCACCGGAGAGAGCGCCGAGACCGCCUCGACGGAGUCCAAGAAUGCGUGGUCGCAGAACAAGGACGAGCGCCAACGUCUGCUCCAGAAGCGCAGGGAUGACAUGAUCUUGGCUGCGCGGAAGAGGAUGAUGCAGAAGGUUGUGGAGACGGAUCAAUAAGCUUGUACGCUGUUAUGGUAGUACGUGCUUGGUUUGUCGG